AUGGAGUCUCUCGUCUAUGAAGAUUCGCCGCUGGCCGAUUACCUCCAAGCGGAGGGAGAGAACGACGAGAGCUGGCCAGUGGAGGAGACGCACAACGAGAAUGAACGCGAAACUGCUUUCACCAAUUUUGCCCCGCGAGGAGCUUCACGAUUCCAGGACCGUGUUCGUAACAAGCUGCCAAAACCACUGAACCUGAAGAACACGCCCCAGGGAGUGGUUAUUGACAAAGUCUACAACGCUUGCUCGUCCGCAUUGAAUGCCCGGAUCGGACGAGGAGAUAACGAGAGAUUUUUGGAGCAAUUUGGAUACGUCAUUGUCGCUUCCCAGCUGUUGAACGAGCAUAGUGCACCAUCCUACACCUCGGCCGCCGAUGUUGCGUCCGCGUCCCAGCCCUCAGAGCUUCCUUCCCUAUCUACAACCUUCGGUUUGCAGGGUGCAGUUGUUACUGCCGUCACCUCCUUCUCAGUGGUAUGGUUGUUACACUGGGGUCGAUCGAAAACAGGUUCAGAAAUCAACCCGAGGCGAUUGGGAGUUUUGUUGAUCUUCGUGCCAGUGCUUGGGGUCAUCUUCUACGCAUUUGCGAAAAGACAGUGGCUGAAGUUCAUGAGGCACCAGGCCGUGGAGGCCGCUGGCACUUUCGUUGGAAACGCUCAGGGAUUUGACUCGGCCGCGUCGGCCUCUGUGGUAUUCAUCCAGGAGGUGGAGCUUGUGUCCAGAGGCUAUAGAAUAAGCACCCCCCUGCCACCAAUCAGUCGCCUGGAAGAUCAAGUUCAAACUCGACGCUGCCUGAGACUGCGCAGAGCUGUAUCGGAAUGCUUCUGGUCGAUGCUCGAACGUUAUAUCCAGUCUCAAAAUACCCUUCGCCCGCUCACUGACGAUGUCAACCUGGCUAAAUACUACGAUAUUUACGAUAUUGGACUCGACGACCUCGAAAUGAUUGAGGCAAGCCUGUCGCGUCGAAAUGGAGAUGAUCAAUAUUCCUUGCGUUCCUUGCGAGAUCUUUUUGGAAAGCUCUAUACAAUGAGAAAGAGUGUUCUAUGCUGUCUGCUUGCACUCAGCGCCGAUGGGGGCGGUUCCGAUGUCAGAAGAUGGAGUUUCGCUGUGGAGGAGAUGCGCGAGCUUGCUGCCGCCACCGGCUCCAACAUGACAAAGAUGACCAACAUUCUUAACGAAGAGGAUCGGGAUUCCAUUCCUCCAUCCCCAUUGCCUUCGGUUUCUCCAAGCAAGGAGAACAUGCGAUCUCAAUUUCGGCGAUUCAACUCCUUGUCCCAGGGCGUCCGUGCCUUGCAUGCGAAGAUGCACAUUAUAUGCGAGGAGACUAAUGCCAACAUGGAGCGGACCGAUCCCAGUGACUUUGAUUCCAUCCUACUUGCCCAAUAUGAAACGAUCGGAAAUGAUCUUCGGGGUCUUCUUCAGGAAUGGGAAUCAAGCAAAGCUGCUAUAAUCAAUAGCCAGGAACGUCUUAGCGCAACGGACCAGUCACGACCUUCCAGCACCGUGCUGCCAGUGUCUCCCACUCCUAGCCUUGGUGGCACUACGGCGGUGGAAGGUAGCCCCACCGACGCUCUUAAAGCCUUGAACGGCGAUGUCCGCCCAGACCUGUUACACAGUUUUGACGAUGAAGAGAUCUUUGAAGCCGUUGUGCUUCCCGCCUCGAGGAACAAGAGAGCGUCAUUGACACGGGAUGAGCGUUUGGCUCGUGUCCGGGAGGAACGUGUUAGGCAAGCAUCCGCCAGAGAAAAAGCGGACGCCAGCACCAACAUGCUCAAAGAAUUGGAAAUGGUGAUUAAGCAACGACCCAAAAACAAUUCCUCCAAGCGCGUGACAAGCAUUUGA